CGAUGACGUCACACUCGUACGCGGGAGAAAUUCGAAAAUGUCCAUUUUGUGCAAUGGGACAGGUGAACAACUACUGAUUAUUUUCUGGACUUGACUGGCUUAUAUCUUCAGAAGAAACUAUGGAAAGCCACGAAUUUAUUGUCCUAUAUACUCAUCAGAAGACAAAGAAGUCAAAAGUGUGGCAAGAUGGCAUUCUGAAGGUCACUCACUUAGGAAACAAAGCAACUUUAUAUGAUGAUAAAGGAACAUGUUUGGAAACUCUAUUUCUUAAGUGCUUUGAGGUGAAACCAGGAGAUGACUUGGAAAGUGAUCGAUACUUAAUCACAGUUGAGGAGGUUAAAAUUGCUGGGAGUAGAGCAGUUAAACAGGAUAUCAUUGAAACAACAGAGCCCAAUUUAAGGAAGGUAUCUUCUGGCCGCUCUCUUGGAUGUCAACCUGCUGGGUUAAAAAGGAAAUUCACUGGUUAUCAAAGACCACAUCAAGUUCCAAAGAAAGUGGUUGUUACAGAAAAUGCUUCAUCAGCUGAAACAUUGGAGACUGAGAAACCCCAUCUUCCUUUUUUUCCUCCAUUCUCAAGCACACUUCCUUUGUUUUCUACUGUUGGCAAAAGAGAUCUAAAUAAUAUGCCAACAGUCCCUGAGAAUGUGGUCCCUUAUAAGAACAUAGAAAGAAAUGACACACCUUGUUCUUCAGUUGUCUCUACUUCAUCCUUCAAUAGUGACCCAAAACUGCUAAGUGAAGAAAGUUACUUUUGCUCUUCUAUCAAUUCUCAAAGUAAACAUUCAGACUCUCUACUGACCAAUGAGCCCAUAAGUAGAAAUAGUUUAGUAUCUCACUGUGAAGUUUCACAAACCAUCAGAAGCAAAGCACAGAUAUUAGCUCUUCUGAAGUCCAAAUCAAACCUAAAUUUUGAGAUUACAAGACAUUUUUCUCAGGUAGAACCACAAAGAAGUUCUGAAAAAAAUCCUACUACAUCAAAGCACUUAGUUCAACAGGAAGAGUAUGCUCAGACAAAAGGCACAGAAAAGCUACGUGAAGAGCAACCAUCAGAAAAUCAUAGCAGAUAUAAAAGCCGGUGGGCCAUAUAUCUACCCUCACAGAGUUGUACUGUAGAUGAGAAUGAUAGAGAAGGGGAGCCUGAGUCCCAGGAAGAUGAUAUAAAUUUGAAAAACUUUUUGGCACAAAAGACACUCGAAGCGUGCCCUGAAAAAGGAAAAAAGUAUCAUGAAGACAACAACAACCAAUUCUGGAAUCAAGAAGAAAAAUUAGAAUCUCUUUCGUUCUGUGAAAGCAGCAGCUUACCGGUUAGUUGUAACAGUACAGAAAAUGAUGAUUUAUUAUUGGCAUCCAGUAAUCAAAAAAGUAGUGAAAUCUCUCUUAAUCAUAAUGGAGUAUGCAUAGAAGAACCAGUUUGCAUUAGAGAAAAGGUAGUCUAUACACAUGGACUGAUAGAACAAGACUAUAAGCCAGUGUCACCGUUGCCAAAAUCAGAACAUAUACAAGGUGAACCUCUUCUACAUAACAACAACUCUAGUCUCUCUGAUGGUAAUGCAGGCAUGUCUUCUGAAUGUCAUACUGAGAAUGAAAGUCUGAAUGCUGUUUGUGAACUUUCACAACCAUCUAUAGAGGUAACUUUUAAUCUAAGCAAUUUUGAGAUCAGUGACACCGAUGAGGAAUCACUGGAAAGCAACGAACAUUCCCAGGAUUCAGAGCAAGGGGAAAAAGAAAUUUUGGUUAAUGAUGGCAAUUCAUGUGUUCAAAAGAGUUCUGAGGAUAUAAACUGUCAAAAAAUUGGUAAUGAACCUUUACCACUCUUAACAGCUAUUGGUGGCAAACUUAUGGAAAUAUUGCCCAGAAAAGAGCCUCUGUUAUCAGAGUUUUGUGAUAGAAUUUGUGUGGGUUUUGACACUGGAGCUUGUAAAGAUGUAAACACUGGAAAAGCGAUAGAGGAACAGGAUAGGGACACAUUAAGCAAUUUUGACUUGUCUUUAGAAUGGGAUGUUGUUGAUGAGCAUGCGAAUAGCAAUGAAGGUGCUGAAAAAUCUAUCCAAAAAAUUAGAAGUAACUAUGAUUGUGUUUCACCUUUGAGUAAGUCUGAAGGUUUAAAAAGGAGCUUUCAUAUGCCUCACUUUGCAGACACAGUCACUAAUCAGACUCCUAAAAACAAUUAUGUGUUUUCAGAAGAUGCUCACUCUCAGUCUUCUAUUUUGGAAAUUUCACAAGCUAUACCAGUAUCUCCUCAACUAAAGCAGGAUUCUCAACAGCCUGUUGAGUUUCAAGGGCACCAAGUGAAAGGAUCAGCUACUAGUGGUGAAAUGGUCAGAGGACAUCGCUCACAGCUGGUAGAACGCAGUCACUUGCCAAAUAGCAUGGAAUAUAAAGACUGCAUGACAGAUAUGUGCUUCUUGGCUCCAGAUUUGCCUAGAACUUAUAUGCAGGCUGACUUCUUGGAGGUAAUAUCGCCAGAACAAAAGAUCUCUACAUUGAAUCCGGCCUCUCCUUUUUCUUUGAACUCAAGAAAUGAAGACGUUGUGAUUGAGUUCUCCGAGGAAUCUCUGAAAGCAAGAACUUUACCUGGAAUGAAAAAAUCUAGUUCUCUACAGAGUAAGAUCCUUCAAAGGCCUCCCUUUGAGAUAAAUGGCUCUGAGCUAUGCUUCCCAAGUAGGCAGAAAAUAAAAUCUGCUUUCCUUCCUCAAAGGCAGAUUCACAUACCAGCUGUUUUUCAGUCUCCCAUACAUUAUAAGCAGACCUUUACAUCUUGCAUCAUAGAACAUCUAAAUAUAUUGCUAUUGGGGUUGGCCCAAAGACUACACAAAGCACUUUCAAAAGUUGACAUAUCAUUUUACACAUCAUCGAAAGGAGAGAAUCUGAAAAAUGUAGAAACAAGUUUACCAUCCUGCCGUCAUAACCAGCCAGCAAAACUUGUCAUGGUUAAAAAAGAAGGGCCAAAUAAGGGUCGUUUCUUUUAUGCAUGUGAUAGACCCAAAGCUGAUCAAUGUAAAUUUUUUAAGUGGCUGGAAGAAGUGACUCCAGGAGGAGUGACACAGGAAGAGUCUCAGCCCAGCAUGGUUUUAAAUGAUAUUAAAAGCAUUGGCUUGUAUUUGAGAAGUCAAAAGAUACCAGUCUAUGAAGAUUGCCAGCUUUUGGUGAGAAAGGGAUUUGAUUUUCAGAGAAAACAGUAUGGCAAACUAAAGAAGUUUGCUACAAUAAAUCCUGAAUUUCAUAGUGAAACCAAAAGCAAACUUUACCUUAAGCUGAGUAGGAAGGAAAGUUCUUCAGUUUAUAGCAAAGAUGACCUUUGGGUGGUUUCAAAAACUCUAGACUUCGAACUAGAUACAUUCAUCGCAUGUAGUGCUUUCUUUGGACCAUCAUGUACCAAUGAGGUGGAACUGCUACCUUUGAAAGGCUAUUUCCCUUCUAACUGGCCCACAAACAUAAUGGUCCAUGCAUUAUUGGUCUGUAAUGCCAGCACAGAGCUGACUACUUUGAAAAACAUUCAGAACUAUUUUAAUCCAGCUACUCUACCACUAACACCUCACCUAUUAACCAUGUCUUCAUCAACUACAGUUAGCAGUAAGAAUGUUGUCAGUAAGAGAAAAUUUAUUCCACCAGCCACUGUAAAUAUCAACACAAAAUCUGAGCUCCUCAGCCUAGGAGCAACAUUGCAGUUAGCCAGUGAGUUCAUUCAGACACACAAGUUAAACAAGGACCAAGCUACAGCUCUAAUUCAAAUCGCUCAAAUGAUGUCAUCCCUGGAAAGUGUUGGUGAAGUGAAGGAAAUGUGCAUCCAUACCCUUCCUAUCACAGUCAUACAUGGUGUUUUUGGAGCAGGAAAAAGCUAUUUGCUGUCAGUGGUGAUUUUGUUCUUUGUACAGCUAUUUGAAAAGAGUGAAGCUCUUGCUGCUGGAAAUGCAAGGCCAUGGAAACUUCUGAUUUCUUCUUCCACUAAUGUAGCUGUGGACAGAAUCCUUCUUGGGCUUCUUGGUCUUGGAUUUGAAAAGUUUGUCAGAGUCGGGAGUCUUAGGAAGAUUGCCAAGCCAAUUUUACCUCAUAGUCUGCAUGCUGGCUCAGAAAAUGACAAUGAACAAUUAAAAGAACUCCAUGCACUCAUGAAAGAGGACCUGACACCUGUGGAAAGAGUCUAUGUAAGAAAAAGCAUUGAGCAGCAUAAGCUGGGGACCAACAGAAUGCUGCUGAAGCAGGUCCGAGUAGUUGGUAUUACCUGCGCAGCCUGCCCGUUCCCAUGUAUGAACGACCUGAAGUUCCCUGUCGUUAUGCUGGAUGAGUGUAGCCAAAUGACGGAGCCCUCCUCUCUGCUUCCCAUUGCAAGGUUUGAGUGUGAAAAGCUUAUUCUUGUUGGAGACCCCAAACAGCUGCCUCCCACAAUUCAGGGUUCUGACGCCGCUCAUGAAAAUGGAUUGGAGCAAACUCUUUUUGAUCGACUUUGCCUAAUGGGUCACAAGCCAGUUAUGUUGAGAACCCAAUAUCGCUGUCACCCUGCAAUCAGUGCAAUUGCUAAUGAUCUCUUCUAUGAAGGAAACCUCCUGAAUGGCAUUUCUGAGCCAGAGAGGAGCCCUUUAUUAGCCUGGCUUCCCACCCUGUGUUUCUACAAUGUUCCAGGACUUGAACAGAUGGAAAGAGAUAACAGCUUUUAUAAUGUUGCAGAAGCAGCUUUCACACUCAAGCUAAUUCAAUCACUGAUUGUGAGUGGAAUAGCCGGCUGUAUGAUUGGGGUGAUAACAUUAUACAAAUCCCAGAUGUACAAGCUUUGUCAUUUACUCACCACUGCUGACUUUGACAAUCCUGAUAUAAAAAGUGUACAAGUUUCCACAGUAGAUGCUUUUCAGGGAGCUGAAAAGGAGAUCAUUAUUCUGUCUUGCGUACGCACACAACACGUAGGAUUCAUUGAUUCAGAAAAACGAAUGAACGUUGCACUGACCAGAGGAAGGAGGCAUUUGUUGAUUGUGGGAAAUUUAACCUGCUUGAGAAAAAAUCGACUAUGGGUCCGUGUGAUCCAACAUUGUGAAGGCAGGGAAGAUGGACUGCAGCAUGCAAGCCAGUGUGAACCACAGCUGAACCAUCUUCUUAAAGACUAUUUCGAAAAACAAGCAGAAGAAAAACAGAAGAAAAAGAGCACUAAAGAGAAAUGUAAAGAAAAAUCUCAUUUGCAGACAGUCAUGGUCUAGGAAUUUUGUAUUUAUGUAAAUUGAGACUAAUUUUACACUAUAUAAUUUUAUUACUGUAAAACUCUUGAUAUUGAAAAAAUCUUAUUCUUAUGAUAAGUAAUGUAUUAAAUGGACACAACU